AUGGGUCAGACAGUUCCAGGACGGGUCAGACAGUUCCAGGAUGGGUCAGACAGUUCCAGGAUGGGUCAGACAGUUCCAGGAUGGGUCAGACAGUUCCAGGAUGAGUCAGACAGUACCAGGAUGGGUCAGACAGUUCCAGGAUGGGUCAGACAGUUCCAGGAUGGGUCAGACAGUUCCAGGACGGGGCAGACAGUUCCAGGAUGGGUCAGACAGUUCCAGGAUGGGUCAGACAGUUCCAGGACGGGUCAGACAGUUCCAGGAUGGGUCAGACAGUUCCAGGAUGGGUCAGACAGUUCCAGGAUGGGUCAGACAGUUCCAGGAUGGGUCAGACAGUUCCAGGACGGGGCAGACAGUUCUAGGAUGGGUCAGACAGUUCCAGGACGGGUCAGACAGUUCCAGGAUGGGUCAGACAGUUCCAGGAUGGGUCUGACAGUUCCAGGAUGGGUCAGACAGUUCCAGGAUGGGUCAGACAGUUCCAGGACGGGUCAGACAGUUCCAGGAUGGGUCAGACAGUUCCAGGACGGGUCAGACAGUUCCAGGAUGGGUCAGACAGUUCCAGGAUGGGUCAGACAGUUCCAGGAUGGGUCAGACAGUUCAGGAUGGGUCAGACAGUUCCAGGAUGGGUCAGACAGUUCCAGGAUGGGUCAGACAGUUCCAGGAUGA